CCUGACUACUACUACCUGCCUUCGGUUGUCGACCGGCCCAACCUACCUUCUUGGGGUAACACCUACCUACCUACUUACCUUCCAUUGAUAUGUGCGCUGCCUCAUUACUUGGCAGAAAGCAGGAAAGCAUUACCGACAGCUUGUGUAACCUAACUGCAUGACUUCCCCGUAUUCCCUGCUCGUAGCUUGAACUUCUACCCCUCAAUCUUUAGUCUUAAAUCAGGUCAAGUCCAACCUGAAGUUUUGAUCACAAUUAUCAUCAACCCCUCGUCUUUUCUUCUUAUUUAAGGUACCACAACCGUACUUAGCGCAGUAUAGAGACAAAUUGAGGUCGGAUUGGCUUAUAUCCCUUCGCAGUUCGCAUCGAUCGCCGCAGUCACUACCCAUUCAACUGCAUAGUACAUUUUUCAACCUCGAUCAUUUGGUCCACCCACUUCACGCCGGCGUACUAAACGGCUAACCAGCAACUGCGAACACGUCUCAGCGACUAAAAGUCGUGGAAUUGAUCCUCCUCUAACUUUUAAGAACGCCAACUUACGAGCAACGUCUGUGUGAAUAUGCCACGUCCUCUAGCGAUACCAGACAGCUCUGACGACGAAGGCGCUGUGGAUAUGGAUGAAGAUGUUGACGAAGGGUUUGCGGCACUUCAGAGGAGUCUCAGUCACAAGCGGCGCGAAGACGAGAACAACACUUCGCCAAUUCAGAAGAUCUUGCCUUUCACGUUUGCGCCCAACAUUGGACCCCUUGGUAUAUCCGACCUUGGUUCGUGCGUUGCGUUGGAGAAUGCAGCAUUUCCAGCACACCAUCGCGCCACAAGGGACAAGCUCGAGUAUCGACUCACAGCCUGUCCCGAGUUGUGCCUAGGGCUUUACUGCACUGUCGUUCCCAGCAAAGCCAAGGCUUUCGAGAUCGAGACUCUUCCCAUGGCGAAACCAGUUGAGACGGAUAGAGAAAACGGUGCUGUGAGCGUGUUGCUCGCUCAUAUCAUUGCGACCGGAUCACAGUCCAAUGUUAUCACGGAUAGUGAUAUGGAUUAUCCAAAAGACUGGAAGACAGCCGGCUUUAGGGAAUCCAAAGUUGGACAUCGGGAAAGCAGUCGGACGGUGGCCAUUCACUCGCUAGCGGUUGUACCUCGACUGCAAGGUUGCGGUCUCGGCAAGCUGAUACUGAAGGCAUACUUGCAGCAGGUCAACAACUCUGGUAUUGCUGAUAGGGUUGUACUUAUCUGCGAGGAUCACCUGGUUGCAUACUACAAGCGAUUUGGGUUCAAGCAUAUCGGCGCAAGCAAAUGCGAAUUCGGAGGUGGUGGCUGGCACGACAUGGUGUUUGAGCUAGCCGGACCGCCCAAGAUCGGUCAAAUCUAAGCGCGAUGUUUCUCGUUGUAUGGGGGUUUUCUACGCAUGGUGUUUGGAGGGUUUUAGGUUUGCACCGGCAGAACAGAUGGCUACAAGAGCCAGAGAAAUCGGCCGCCCCACACAGAGUCCCACAGGCAAAUUUACGCCUGAAUACUGAGAUUAAAUACCAGCAGCUGAGCAGUUUGAUGACGGUGCUGUCCUGCACGCACUACAUCUGUUGUUUUUGCCAUUUUCUUUGCGAGAAUAGAAUUUAGAGCUUAGCACAAGCAUAUUUCUUUGAUUUGGUAGUGCCAAGUGAAUAGACAUUCAGCCCAG